AUGGCCAACGUAAAUUUUAAGAACAUACCACAGCAGGACGGGGUAAGGGAUCGACCGCAGAAAAUUUGUUCUCGUGUGGGGAUCGAUCGGCCGACAAGACGCGGAUCGGGGUUGGAGGCGGCAGUGGCACCGCGGAGAACUGCAUACAGCGGGGUCAUCGGGACGUCGGUUCUAAUCAUUACGAGUGUGGGCGACAUUGACGUGGAUCUGCACACAGACAAGUGCCCCCUCACAACCAAGAACUUCCUCAAGCUCUGCAAGAUCAAGUACUACAACGGCUGCCUCUUCUACAGAGUGGAUAGGGAUUUCCUGGCACACACCGGCGACCUGACCGGAACCGGCACCGGAGGCGAUACUGUGUACAAGCUCCUUCAUCUUCAUGGGGGCGACCAAGAUCGGUUUUCCGACGGCGAGAUCCGUCCGCAACUAAGGCAUUCAAAGGCCGGCACCGUGGCCAUGGCAGGUGCCCCGCGGUUCUACUUCACCUUGCGGGACGGCGUGGACCAUCUCGAUGAUAAACACACCGUGUUUGGGAUGGUUCCUGAGGGAAGGCCAUUCAUGGACAUAAGGAUUAAACAUACAUAUGUCUUGGAUGAUCCUUUCGACGAUCCUCCUCAGCUGGCAGAACACAUCCCUGGGAACUCUCCCAUAGGAAAGCCACAUGCCGAGAUUGCAGAAGAUCGCUUAGACGUUCCUUCGGAUGAUGCACUUGCUAGUGUCGUGAUUGUUAGUUGUGAUCACUGCGGCGGACACAUUCCAGGCAUUGAACCACCAGACAAUGUCGUGUGUGUUUGUAACCUUAACCCAAUUACACAAGAUGAGGAUCUAGAUACAAUCUUUUCUCGUUUUGGAACCAUGACAUCGGCUGAAAUAAUUCGUGACUGCAAGACUGGAGAUAGCUUAUGCUAUGCUUUCAUUGAAUUCGAGGCAAAGGAGGACUGUGAGCAUGCAUAUUUUAAGAUAGGACAUAGCUGA